UAAUAAGUUAAGACCAAUAACGAAUAGAUAUUGCUUCUAUUUAUUUUGGCGUUAGGUAACUGCAACUUAUAAUCACCAUCCCCGGACCAUCACAUCGUAUGGUCCAGACUGCAACUGAGGGAGGACCUUUUCAAUCCAUUCCCAUCUCAAAUCAUGCUGCGUCCUCGACCAUGACAGAAAAUAAGCCCUCUAAAUCGCCAGUGUCCAAGACUCGACUUUCAUCGUGUUCUCGCUCUCGCAAUGGACCUGAAACUCCAGAUCCUCUGAUACAGAGGAAAGCCGCUUUGGUCGUCGUCUUUGCUUUGUCAAUCUGGUCCUUCUAUGUCAUCGUUGGAAGGAUGUGUACUCCUAUGAUCCGCAAUCGAUCAGACUCUGGCUUAGGUCGGAGCGUCGGCGCCGGCGCGCUGGUUGGAUUUGUCAUUUUAUGGCUUCUUUUCUUGUGGAGUUAUAUUAAGAUGAUUGCCACCCCUCCUGGGUACGCUAGAGAUAAAGUCAGCAAGUCUUCGCCCCCUGACCCCGCGAACUAUCCCCAACCUUACCCCAUUAACCCCAACGCCAUCCAUCCCCAUCCCGAUCAAGACCAAGGACCUGAUCCUUCUACAUGGGCACCUACUAUGAACCUUGCAACCCAAACUGUUGGUGAUUGGCAACCCAACGCAUCUCCGGCACCUUUCAUGGGUCAAGCGCCACCUCCCGAGGUCAAAGACAAACCAAAGAAAGGCGUAAAAGACUGGCGUGAGGUACAAAGACCUGUACCCCAUGUUGAAUACGUACCGAGAUGGUGCCGUUUUUGCGAGAUCGUGAAGCCAGACAGAACACAUCACUGUCGCCAUUGUGGCACUUGUGUGAUGCAGUUUGAUCAUCAUUGCCUGUGGAUCGGGCAAUGUGUCGGAUGGGCAAAUCAUAAAUUCUUCAUCAUAUUCAAUUUAUGGACUGCUCUCUACUGUUUCUACAUUAUGAUUUUACUUAUAAUCGCGGAAGCCAGAUCAAAUAGUAUGGAUGGGCAAAUGAUCGCGCUGAUUAUCGUAGCUGCUAUAUUUGGGCUGUUCGCUGUCACGAUGCUAUUCACCCACAUUCAACUCAUUUUAAGUGGUCGAACAACUGUGGAAAGCUUUGCAGCCCGCGAUCAACGUGAGCGAGAGAACGCCAUUCUUCAGACGGAGUACGGCUACUUUUGGCACAACUUGGAGAAACGCAAAGUGCGAAAAAAGUGGAAGGAAGAAUGGGGUGGAUCGCCAGUCGAUGGAAGAUGGAGAUAUGGUACAAGAAUGGACAGAUGGAAGCAAGAAAUGGGCAUCGCUCCUUUAGGGUGGAUACUCCCGAUCGGUAGCCCACAAGGAAAUGGUCUCUACUUCAAAUCCAAUCCAAAAUUUGGACCGUAUGGGGAGUGGCUGAAAAAAGAAGAUUGGCCUGCAGAAUUGCUUUCUGUAUAGCUGAGUGGAUAUUGUCAGGGGUCCAACUGGUUUGUAUUAUUAUCACAUGUAUUUUUAUGA